UCCCGAUUGCGUGGCCGAACACGGAAGUGAGGCGUCUCUGUAAUGUGAUGUGAUCAAAAUGCUUGGAGAUCUGUUGAUAUUCGGGACCUUGCUGGUGAAUGCAGGGGCUGUGUUGAAUUUCAAGCUGAAAAGGAAGGAGUCCCAAGGAUUUGGAGAUGAGUCCAGAGCACCAACAACAGGUGACAACAUUAGGGAGUUUCUGCUCAGCCUGCGAUACUUUCGGAUCUUCAUCGCUCUGUGGAACAUCUUCAUCAUGUUCUGCAUGAUUCUAUUGUUUGGAUCAUGAUCUACAUUUGUGGGGAGCCUGGUCUUCCACCAGGAUGCUGAUUUUACGGGACAGAUGCUAUAAACUUCUCCUUAAUAGGACUUUGCUGUUCUCUUGGUGCUUUUGACUGUAAUUAUGCUACAUUUUCUUUACAACCCCAACCCCAAUUCCUGCUUUUGGCUGUACAGGAAUUUAUGAAUCACUGUAUUUAUUUUGUCUUACAGAAGUUGUUACAUUUUUACCCUUUUUGUUUAAGCUGUAACUGCACCAGCACCCCUAACGUUGCUGAAUAUUUGUUGUCUUGUGCCCUUGUGCUUCUUUAUACAACAUGAACUUUUUUCCAUAGCAUGUUAGUUUGCUUGUUAAAAAAAACACCAGGGUUAGAAUGACAGACGGCCCUCACUAAGAGGGUAGAAAAUGUCUUUCUGUGGCUUGUUCCCUAUGUGUCAUCAUUUAAGGGUCCUGUUUGUACGUAAACCCUCACAUCUCAUCUUGCUGAAAUCCUGUUAUCCAUUUUACUUACACAGCUGUCAGAGCUGAAUUCAACAGAUGAGUCAAAAUGAUCACUGUCACUUAAAAACUCUACAUCUCUGUUGGAAGAAUAUUUUAAUGAACCUCUCAGAAUAAAAAAAAGAUUUCCUUUACUAUGGGACAUAUGUGCUGUAAAUGUAUGUGCACUAUCAUGUAAAUGUGUCCUUAUUCUUAACAAUAUAAAUACAGUUUUCUUA